UGUGAGCGGUCGAUGUUCAAAUACUUGUGCUCUCAGCCGCUUAUUUGAGAAUACACUUACCCCCCUCUUCUCCCCCCCUCUUCUCUCUCUCCACCACUUCACACAGUUGUCACCGCCCUCAUCGGCUCCAGAAGAAUCAACCACCAGAUCUAAAACCCUUUUUGUGGUGGUUGCAGCCCGUAAACCCCGACUCACCACCUUCUCCUCCGUCGUUGGUAACUGAAAACAUCAAGGCCCCAAUUACCAGCCACCAUGGAUGGUGGAUUUGUUGCUUCUUGAAAAGUCAAAAUCGGUGGUGAUUCAAUUGGCAGACUAUGGAAGGGAAUCUAGGUGAUGGAUUAUUUGAUGCAUCUCAAUAUGAAUUUUUCGGCAAUAAUAUUGUGGAAGAAGUGGAGUUGGGAGGGCUUGAUGAUGAGGAAAUUAUACCUGUAGGUGGAAUUGAAGACGAUUAUCAACUCGACCAAGAAGAGGUUGAUGUCAUAGGAUCUUUUUCUGAUAUUGAUGAUCUUGGUGGCGCUUUUUCAAAGCUGAACAGGACAAUCAGUGAACCCAGAGCUGGAUUUAUUAGUGAUAGGGGGUCCAGAGAAAGUUCUUCUGCAGCUGAGUGGACACAGGAUAUUGAUUAUUCAACCUGGUAUGAUCAGCAAGUAUAUCAUCCAGAAGAUGGGCCUGAAAGCAAAAAAUGGUCUUCACAGCCAUAUGGUUCCUCAGUUCGUGCUGCCGAGUCAAACCCAUUGCACAGAACAUCAUCAUAUCCUGAGCCCCCACCUCAGCUUCUUCCUCAACGUCAUCAAAAUUUCUCCACUGAACCGAUCCCCAUGCCCAGGUCUUCCUUCCCCUCCUAUCCUUCUUCUGGGAGCAGGCCACAAAUACUUUCACCAAAUCAGCACUCACAUGCAAACAGUCCAUACUUGUCUGGUGGACCACAAAUGACGCUGCAUUCACAAACAUCUUAUCCUAGUCCUAUGACUGGCUUACCUCAUGGUUCUCAUCUUGCUGCAAAUCUACCUCACUUCUCCCCUCCUGGCCAUUCGAUGGAUUCUCGCCCUCCUGGCCAAUGGUUGAAUCGGGCCAACCUCAUGAACAACAUGUUGCAGCACCAAUUACCUCAUCAAAAUGGAUUGCCGCCUCAGAUGAUAUCUCAACAGCAGCAGCAGCAGCAGCAAAAUCGAUUGCACCAUCCAGGUCCUCCACCUUAUGGUAAUCUAACUGGGGUACAUUCUCAACUUAUUGGUCCCCAUAUGUCUCCAUCACCGCCCAUGUUGAACAAAUUUGAUGCAAUGAUGGGGCUCCCUGAUUUCAGAGAUCAAAGACCUAAAUCUUCGCAGAGAAAUAGACAAAAUUUACGGUACCCCCAACAGGGUUUCAAUACCAUUGGUCAGAGGAAUGAUGGUGGGUGGCCAGUAUAUAGGUCAAGGUAUAUGACUGCAGACGAACUUGAAAAUAUUCUUAGGAUGCAGUUGGCUGCGACACACAGCAAUGACCCAUAUGUAGAUGAUUUCUACCACCAAGCUUGUCUUUUCAAAAAAUCUGCUAGUGCAAGGUUGAAACAUCAUUUUUGCCCCACUCAACUCAGAGAUCUUCCUUCAAGAGCUCGUCCUACUGAUGAACCCCAUCCGUUUCUCCAAGUUGAGGCAUUGGGAAGGAUUCCUUUCUCAUCUAUCCGCAGGCCAAAACCUCUUCUCGAAGUUGAUCCCCUGAAUUCAACUAGCUCUAGCAGCGGUGAAAAGAAAGUAAUUGAUAAACCCCUUGAACAAGAACCUAUGCUGGCAGCAAGAGUGACUAUCGAGGAUUGUCUUUGUCUUCUUCUUGAUAUUGAUGAUAUAGACCGUUUCCUUAGAUUUAAUCAAUUCCCAGAUGGUGGUAAUGAACUGAGACAAAGGCGGCAAAGCCAGCUAGAAGGAUUAGCAGCCUCACUACAGCUGGUAGAUCCACUUGUUAAAGAAGAUAGUCAAGCUCCAAAGGAUGAUCUUGUAUUCCUACGAAUAGUUUCUCUCCCCAAAGGACGGAAACUUCUUGCAAAGUUCCUAGGUAUUGUUUCCUCUGGAAGCGAGCUCCACCGGAUUGUUUGCAUGGCCAUUUUUCGUCAUUUGAGAUUCUUGUUUGGUGUGUAUCCAUCUGAUCAAGCAGCUGCUGAGGUGACUGCUUACCUUGUGAAAGUUGUAUCGUCUUGUGUAAACGAGAUGGAUCUUAAUGGGCUCGGUGCUUGUCUCGCUGCAGUUGUUUGUUCGUCAGAGCAGCCUCCACUGCGGCCUAUUGGGAGUUCUGCUGGAGAUGGUGCCUCUGUUGUUGUGAAAUCGGUUCUUGACAGAGCUGCUGAGUUACUUAGAGACACUCAUACUCAUGCUGGUAGCAGCUAUAAUUUGGCCAAUCCAGCCUUUUGGCAGGCAUCAUUCAAUGAAUUUUUCAAUCUACUCCUCAAAUAUUGCUUGAGCAAGUAUGAUAGUAUAGUGCAGCCAAUGCAAAUGCUGGCAAUGCCAAACUUGGCCACUGACUUGGCUAAGGCUAUUAAGAAGGAAAUGCCAGUUGAGCUGUUACGAGCAAGUCUUCCUCAUACUAGUGAGCACCAACGGAAACUCUUACUGGAUUUUGCACAUCGUUCUGUGCCUUUAGGUGGUUGAGAAUUUUGUCUGAUGAACUGUUGAAGCCGUCAAUAAACCGCAGAGGAGAAAUUCUUCAACAGUGUUGCAUGUGUAUAAUUGACAAAGGUAUAACAUCAUCAUUUGUAGCAUUUUUGUUCCUCAUGUUAUUGCUUGAGUGGUUGUAAUCUGUUCGAAGCACCCCGCCCUCUGAAAUUCGAAGCUGUAAGAGGCAAGUUAGAGUUGUUUUUUGAGUUUUGUUGGGUUGAGCUUAUUUUUGAUGUUGCUCUCUAGUUAGAGUAGGAUGAUGUACAGGAGGGUUCAUAAGCGGGUCCCAUGUUCCUGUGUUAUUUGGUUUGAAGGAGCUUGGAGAAUUUUGCAAAUCCACAUUGAAGCUCGAUUAUGGCCUUCCAUUUUAGGUAUUCAUGCAUUUGGUUUCAAGUUGUAGAUCUUUCCAUUUUUUUUAGCUAUUCCUGCAUUUGGUUUCAAGUUGUAGAUCUUUCCAUUUUAGCUGUUGAUGCAGCAUUUGGUUUCAAGUUGUAGAGCUUUUGUAGUUUGGGAACGGCUACCAUAUACUAAGAGAUGAUUGCCUUGUAAGCCGGGUAAUUUUACAGACGGCGACUCGAGUAUUAUAAUUUAUAAUUGCCUUUGUCUU